CACCACAAAACUAGUGAUAAGUAUGAGGUCACUGAGCCAACUCCUCCCCUUUCGUCUGCUGGGACCUAAAAGGCAACAUGGACAAAUCUUCACAAGCUCUGACUUGGAGACCCUUCUUGCUUCUUGGGAAGAUGCAGCUGCUCCUGCCCCUGUUGGCCUUCUUUCUGCUCCCCAGAGCAGAGGCAGGAGAGAUCAUCGGGGGACAUGAAGCCAAACCCCACUCCCGCCCCUACAUGGCUUACCUUAAGAUCAGGCUUGAGAAGUCUAAAAAGAUUUGUGGUGGCUUCCUGAUUCAAGAGGACUUUGUGCUAACAGCUGCUCACUGUUUAGGGAGCUCCACAUCCACAAAUCCACUUGCCUCUGUGUACCGCCAAAUAGAGGUCACCUUGGGGGCCCACAACAUCAAGGAACAAGAGGACACCCAGCAGGUCAUCCGUGUACAAAAAGCGUUUCCCCACCCAGACUAUAAUCGGAAAAAACGCAUCAAUGACAUCAUGCUGCUGAAGCUGGAGAAAAAGGCCAAGUUGACUAAAGCUGUGCAGCUCCUCACCCUGCCCAAGCGCAGGACAGAGGUGAAUCCAGGUACCCGGUGCCAGGUGGCUGGAUGGGGACGAUUGUCCCCAAGGGGAAGACCUGCAAGAACACUGCAGGAAGUGGAGAUGGUAGUGCAGAUGGACAAGAAGUGUGAGGACCGCUUUAAAAAUUAUGAUCGUGCUACUGAGAUUUGUGUUGGAGACCCAAAGAUUAAAAAUGCUUCCUUUAAGGGUGACUCCGGUGGCCCCCUGGUGUGUAAUAAUGUGGCACAGGGCAUUGUCUCUUAUGGAGCCAAGAAUGGAACACCACCAGGUGUCUUCACCAAAGUCUCAUGGUUUCUACCCUGGAUAAAGAAAACCAUGAAACAGGGCUGACUGCACACAGCAAACUAAAUCCUCUCUAUGAGCAACCAUCUUACCUGGAGCUGAGUCUAAAAUCACUCUAGACCAGAUGCCAGCAACUAAAUAAAUGUUUCAUCUCAGUAAGAA